AUAUAACCACCACCACCAUACAGUCGACAUAUAUACUGCAGCCGUGCGAUGUACACUGUUACGUGUGUUUUUAUUAAUUUACAUUAAAACACAGUCGGAAGUUUCGGCAGACGUACUGCUGCUGUCAGGAUGCAUUGGAUAAUGGUUUGCGAGAGUUGUGCGUGUGGCGUGGUGUGUUUACAUCGUUCAGGUUCAGCUAUUUGACUGUGACCUUUUGUUGUGUGUGUGUGUAUCACCGCAACAUGCGUGUACACGUGCGUAUGAUACGACACUGCGUACGUAUCAUACGCACGCGCGCGUGUGCGCGUACACACACACACACACCGUGAUGCACAGGACUCAGUGUGUUGACGUGUCGCGAGCCAGUUGUCGUCAACCCACUGCUGGAUGAGUGCCACGCGGCUCCCAAGACGUCGCAUGUCAAAGUGGUUUGGUGGUGGUUGUUUGGCCAUACUUUCGCCGCAGUGGGUGACGGUGACGAUGGGGUUUCGUCCCAACCUUUUGCUUCGGCGAAUGUCUGCGACGACGACGACAACAACAACAACAACGAAAUGCCAACCGACCGGUUUCAAAUAUACGGAACAAAAAAUACGCGACGGAAGCGGUACGCGUACUUUUUGCCCGUGAUUAAAUCGACCGAUCCCUAUGAGAUACGCAAGAGUUGAGCCUGGCCAGGCCUUGGAUGGGUGACCACCGUGCAUAGGCUGAGUGGUCGUCCUAUACGUGGUUGGGCAGCGGACAACAUGAAUUGUUGUACUCUAUGCCUAUGCCCCCACCACCACCAACCUCCUUAGCUCAACCAACCCGCACUGCAUGAACCGGUAUGCUGUGGACGUAAGGUAUUCCUCAUCCAGCAGUGGGUUGACAGAAAGGGAUGCACAUACGAGAGCGGGAAGCACCUCGCCCGACGGAUCCCAUGGCGAGCUGCGCGCCCAGCCUGCAGGAAGAGCUGACGUGCUCCGUGUGCCUGUCGCUGUACGACGACCCCGUGCAGCUGCAGUGCCGCCACAACCUGUGCCGCGCCUGCUUCCGCCGCAUGUGCGAGCUCAACACCUACGUGCGCUGCCCCGAGUGCCAGACGGACGUCACGGGCCGCCGGGUCGAGGCCAACAUGAAGCUGCGCAACGUGGUGGACAGCUACCUCAAGAGCAUCACCAGCGGCGGCGGCGGCAGGUUCAAGCUGGCGGGCGGCUGCCGCUCCCUGGACGCGUGCUCGUCGUCGACGUCGUCGUCGUCGUCGCCGCCGUCGCCGUCGUCGCCGUCGUCGCCGUCGUCGUCGCCGGCGGUGCCGUGCAGCUUCUGCCGGCGCGAUGCCCAGCGCCCGGCCGUGAGGACGUGCGCCAAGUGCGAGGUGUCCUUCUGCGAGGAGCACGUGCGGCCCCACUACGAGAACAGCUGCUUCCGCGGGCACGUGCUGCUGCAGCCGACGGCGCGGCUGGCCGAGCGGCGCUGCACCGAUCACGACGAGCCGCUGAAGCUGUACUGCGCGGUGGACGACGCGCUGGUGUGCAGCGUAUGCGUGCUCGCGGGCGGCCACCGGGACCACCCCGUGCGCACGCUGGCACAGCACGCGCAUCACGUCCGGGACCUUCUGGAAGACAAGACCAGGAACUUGGAGGGGAAGAUAGGGCUGUUUGAGAAGUUCCUACAGCAAGCUGAACAGAAGAAUCAGGAGAUUGAGCUGAAGACGGACCGUCUCAAGAAGGAGGCGUCGGACAUGCUGGACACCAUCCGGCACCACCUGAUCCAGGAGGAGGAGAAGGUGCGGCGCAACAUCGAGAAGGACGCGACGCGGGCGCGCCAGGUCGUGGCCGCCGCCGUGGCUCACGUCUCCAGCUCGGACCUCAAGGCCCUGCACGAAGUGAAGACCACCAUAGAAAAGAUCACGGAGGAGAAGGACGACUUCUACCUGCUUAAGGCUUACAGCAGCCAUGUAAAAAGUUUAAACGCUGUAAGCGCCAUCGCCGUUCCCAAGAUCCAGAGAGACUUUGAGGUGCAGGAUGAGGUUGUCCCGGCCGACUGGCUCCAACGAGUCGUCAAGGGAAUCCCCAUCAAGGAGCCAGAAAAGGCGAGCCUCGCGUUCGAGGGUGCGGUGCAGCACGCCAUGCUGCGCAUCUCCAACGAGGGCCGCACCGUGACGGUGUCGGCUCACCCGCAGCUGGGCUUCGCGGGGCUCUACCAUCCGCCCCACCGGCGGCACGGGCGGUCCGCGCGCCCACGUGGCGAGAGGCAGCUGGCGCACGCCCCGCUACCGCUGCACGGAAACCCCUUCAAGGACAUGUGGAACAUCAUGUGCUCGCAAGGGUUCGCCUAUGGAAGGCACUACUGGGAAGUCAUGCUCAGUCCGAGCAUGACUGGCUGGGCGGCCGGCGUGGCCUACCGGCAGGUGGAACGCUCGGGGCCAGAGUCUCGCCUGGGCCGCAGCACUUCCUCCUGGGCCCUCGAGUGGGUGGCCAACUUCACACCGCGCUGUACCUUUUGGCACGGCAACGUCACAACAGUGGUGCAGUGCCCCGGCGUGCCGCGCCGCCUCAUGGUCGUGCUGGACGUGGACAGGGGCAGCAUUGCGUACUACGACGCCGACAGCAAGCUAGAGAUUUUCUGCUUCGUAAGCAAGUUCUCGGAGCCCUUGUACCCAUGCUUCUGCUUGGGCAGCCCCAAUGAUUUCCUCACGCUUGUGUGAGCGAGCGAGCGAGUGAGCGAGCACGCCGCUUGUCCCCUGUGGUUUUGUUUACAUGUACAACUCCUUCGGAUUAAAAUUCGCUCGAUGGCCGUGGAGAGAACUUGAGCCUGCUGUGGAUGAGGUUUGUGGUGAAGCAUGGAAUAAUUUGGCGACGUGAAACAGCACAGUGGUGGUUAUAUGUGCACUGUUUAUGUUUUCUGAUUUGUAUUUAUUUCAGGAUUCUAAAUUCUUCUCAAUAUGUGGCCCUGGAUUUAAAAAAAUAUAUAUUUAGUUAUAUUAUGUACUUUGUGCGGUGUAUUAGCCUUGGUCAGUUUCCAUAUUGUCAGAUACGUUAAUGCUUAAUCGGAAAUAGGUAUGUAGUUAUACAUACACAUACACAGUAUAAAGUUAACAUAAAGUUGAAUUAUAACACUUGUUUUGCCGUGACCCAUAAAUAUAAGCAAUAUUCAGCCCAUCCAGUAGUGUAUAAUAGUGGGCUAAAUGUGACAUUAACAAGGCAUUAGGUUCUUACACAGAUAUAUACAAAAAGGUUUUAAUAAGGAGCACGUGGGAUCAUUAGAGCAUCAGCGAUCGGAGCAGCUGGAGGGCAUGCACGCCGUGUCACGUGACACUGAAAUAAACCGCCCGUGACUGCCGCUGCAACUGGGGUAAUUUUUACUGCACGACAAACCAAUUACAGUUGUAUAAUGUUGGACUUAAAACUGUGUGAAAUCAUAUUUUCAAAAACAUUGCUUACUGCCACAAGUGAUUGUAAAUAAGGCACGGAUUAUUUUCAGAGGAUAUGGGAAUUGGCAAGAUUCUACAGUACAAUAUUACAAUAUAAUGUUGCUUCUCACCAGCAAACCAUCUGUGCAAAAAGUAAAACAUGGACCUUAAAUUGUCCCAUGUGCAUUAAAACCAUUGAAAACACCUACUGACACACUUGAGACACCCGGAAAUCCUGGACUGGAUCUAUCUGAAAUACAUUUGGCUACGAAUUUUGGAAUACAUCUUUAACAGCUACACUGUUAUAGAGUGUAUUUAAAAUAAUAAUAUUGAUGCACUCCGAAACGUUCUGAUCUACAAGGCGCCUAGGAGACAGUAGUACAGCAAGUGUAUUCUUGAACUUGUCUGUGCAGACGUCUUAGUGUUGUCCUUUUGAGUGCGAGGGUUUCUCUGGGACUUGUUUCCUCCUACAUGCAAAACACUCCUCCACAUGGAAUCAACUCAAUAUCCAAUACAUAACCCUCCUGAAAAAAAUCAAGCAUCUCUGGAUGAAUAGAUUACAUACAAAAAACACGUUGCCAAUAGCUUAAAGCUACUGGCAGACCUCGUAAAAUAUAAAAGUAAUAGUAUCCUUCUGUUUGACAGGGAACAAUCUGGGUACUCCGAGCUCUUUUUGGAUGCUAUAUUAAGGUGACGUGAUUAUACAGGUAUUAUUAGCUGAUGUUUUAGCACGCACUGAUAUUCGUAUCCCACUUUGGGAUCAAGCAUGGCAUAAUAAAAAAGAAAUCGGAGGCAGAGGAUGAACUUUAGGCAACGGAAGAUGCCAAGUCAAACUAUUCUACCCGAUUUUGUUUCUGAAAUUGUACAUUGUUUUGAUACCCCCUUGAGUGUGGGUGGGGUGUAUAAAGAGCAAAGCCUCAUGUAUAUAAGAAACUAAUAAAAGCCUUAUUAAUCUAAUAAUGGACUUAUUUUUCAUCCUAUCUCAAUGUACUAGUCAU